UUAUUACUUAGCUUAUUCUUGCAUUAAUUUAUUUGUACAUUUAUUUGGUUUCAGUUAAUACAGCGCAUACCUCAGCGUAAGGCUUCAUUGUUCAACCCUUACGCGCAAGCCCUCGCGUUGUCACUCGAGACAUCUCACUUUGAAGGGGGAGACAAAGAAUCGCCACCCUCACACUCACACGCACACUUACACGCCCAUCACCCAUCAUAUAUCAUCUCACAGCGUCGACAGUAUGCCUACACCGUCAAGCAAUCCACCUCCGGAACUGCCUCCGAGAACGCAUAGUUCAUCAUGCCCCGAUCCCGAAGAAGCACAUCGAUUUACGGGCAGUAGUUGGCGACCUGAACAAGAUGGACUUGAGAUGAACAUUGAUAGUCCAGAAACAUCAUCAGCCUCUCCUGAACCAGUCAGCGCACCACUUUCCACCAAUGCUCAACACGACAUUUUAGACUCGCGAUCAGCCACAGAAUCUCCUGGGCCAGAAUUAAUGAGUCGCACCGAACCCACACUUUCUCCUGACCGCUCCGGCACUCUCUCCCAGAUUACCACGUCAGCUCAUAAGCCCACAGACGAGGAACAUGAUGCAUUGGCUAGAAACGACUUCGAUGCGCCAUCAAGAGUGCAAAGAUCUAGUGGCAAUUAUGAUGUUGCAACCUCCAUCGGCGCGGACGGUGAGAAGUUAGAAUACGGCGCGAUGUCGAGUCGGUCGCAGGAAGGGGAUAUUUAUGCGCCAUCAAUGGGAUAUGACUACACUAAUAUUCGAAUAAUACCGACGUCACCCUCGUCCUUCCUACGACCCGGCAGCAAAUUCCAUGGUACGCAGCAAUCGGAACGACAAGUAUACGAUGUGCAAGUGGAAAUCAAGUAUAUCGAUUUGCGGGAGUCAUUCCUCUGCGGGUUUCUCAGAAUCCAAGGCUUGACGGAAGAUAAUCCGACACUGACGACGUAUUUCGAAGGCGAGAUCAUCGGCAGCAAGUAUGGCUUCAUCACGAAGCAUGCAGGCUGGGGUGCGACGGACAAGAUCGAUCUGAGUCACUGGAGCAAGUUCACGGCAUUCCGACAAUAUGCCAAACAAGUACGCAAGGGACCCGUUACCAUUCCAAACUUGGCUCAACGGGAAAACAUCUUCAUGCGUUGGAAGGAACAUUUCCUCGUUCCUGACCAUCGAGUCCGCACGAUCAACGGAGCCAGCUUCGAAGGCUUCUACUAUAUCUGUUUCAAUCAGAAAGAAGGGAGCGUCAGUGGUAUAUAUUUCCACUCAAAGAGCGAGAAAUUCCAACAGUUAGAGCUUAAGCACGUAGAAGACAGAGGGUGCUUUGGCGCUGUGGAGUUUCGAUAGCCGUGUGGGAUUUGUUUUCUCUUAUAUGGAAUGAACGAUUACACAGUUGAUGCCCGACAGUGGACGCCAGAAUAGCAUACGGUACGGCCACUCGCUCGAAUAGUAGUAGUAAGUAAUUUUUUGGCAAAGCGAAGGAAAU